GCUAGGUUAGCCUCUCACCUGUAAAUUAAGUGCAUCCAGGUUUGCAGUUUAACGUGAGAAUUCGCAAACAUUGAGCCACUUCGGAUGGACCUGGCAAACGUUUUCCCUCUGUGACAUGAAUCUCGACAUACCCUGAUGAUUAACGACUGAAGUUAAUGGCCAAAUUACAUAGCAUAAAAGCUCAAUCCUAUUCUGGAAUGAUUUAACAACAUAACGUGUGUUGUCCAUUCAACCAGAACAGCCAAGCUUUGCCGGUAAUGAUGUUAAAUUCAUUGCAGCCACAUUUUAUACUACUAUUGUACUUACCAUAUCGAAUCCUUUCUGCCGUAUGGCUUCUUCAAUUGCAUUAGAUGAGGGCAAGAUGGGCAUCUAAUUGAUUUUCGAAGUAGACCUGCUUUCAUUAACCAAAGAUUAAACGUGUGUUUUUUUUGGGGGCACUGUCUGAACUAUAUCCGUCGUAGAAAAUCAUAAUGUGACACCAUAUUGAUAAAAACAUCUGACAAAGGAGUUAAUUUCAAAUGAGCUUUGCACACCUUAAAAAAAAGCGCGUUAAUGUGCGACACACCCCUGGUAGGUAUGAUUGGCAUAUCUAACCACCAGUCCGUAAUUCAGUAGCUGUACCUCCUCUUAUUCCUAUCCAAUAACCAAGAAGGACCUACACUGACUAAUCUGCAACUAACGAAAGUUCUUCCUUUCUGCUUUGGUAUUGAUCGAGUCAAGACAGUCUGUAGCCGUCCUGUAUUGAAAUGCCGAAGGCAAAGAAGAAGGCAGCUAUGGCUAGAAUCUCAGAAGAACAUGAUGCAAUCCCGGAUGCAGAUAAUGAAAGUGUGGCACCCAGUUGCAGCAGCAAUAGCAGUGGAUUAGGAUCAGUGUCGGUUGUAGACUUUCUCGAAGCAAAGAUCCAGUGGCAAGAAAAAACAAUUAAAGAGCUUGAAAAAGAGCGCAACUUUCUUCGCUCACAAAUCCUGAAGAAGACAUCAAACUACACUGUGGAAGAUGAGGAGGAUGAUGACAUGGACGAAGGUGACCUUCUGGUGUCUUCUCCAAACAUCAGCGACUCCUCAGAGAGAGAUGCCAGCCCAGAAGCCAGAAGCCAAAAACGCCAUCGUCAAUCUCGGUCACCCAAACGGACAUCAUCUCGGGCUCUGUCUGGGCGAGCUCACAUGAGAGUCAAAGGGCCAGAUGAAGUCGUGGAACGAUACAAACGCGUGCUGAAAACAUUUAAGCGUGUGCGCACCAUGACGGAGGCAUUCAACAUCAACAACGUGGACCGGGGAACCAUAAAAAUGACUGCUCCAAUCGCGGAACUAAAGAUUGCAGACCCUGACACGUUCCUGACCUUAAAGUACAACCCUGCGAACGAAACAUUGGCUCAGUUCGCCAAGAAGUGUGCAUCCCACAUCAAAACAAAAAAAGGCUAUCUAAUUAUGGUUUACUAA